AUGUCGUGGCUUGACUCGCUGUGGGAUGGUUUGGGGACGACGGGGAAUGCAGCCACGAGGAGUGCCGUCGGCAAAGGCAUGGUGUCGGUAGACACAACAACUUCCGUGCCACACGACCAACAAAAACAACAACAACAACAGCAGAAGCCGCAACAAGAGCAUGUGCCGCUGCUACCUCCUAUUCAGCUACCCAAGGGCCGGGAGUUGUCAGCACAAAUGUCUGUCAUGAGUGCCGAGAGUGGUAAGGAAUGUGGAGCGGAUGACGGCAAGAGUCAACGGGCGCGAUGUCGUCUUCCCAAGAUUGAUCAGGGACGUCGACCCAAGAAGCAGCAGCUGGCGUUAUGUAGGCAGUGGAUCUUGUCGCACCGCGAUGAGCAGGCGAGAGCGCGGGCCGUUGUUGACGUGGCUCGAGAACUUUUCUACAAUGUUAUGGUACGGUGCAACUCUUCCAUUGUAGAGGACGGCUACGAUCAGAUGCAGCUGCUGGCACUUAAAACGGCCGCGAGUUGUUUUCUUUUAGAGGAAAUUGUGAAGGCGCUACCACGACAUGGGAUUCUCAGGCCGUGUGUGGGCUUUUUGCUUCGUGCCGUGUAUGUGCCGGACACGCCGGAGAUGCGAGAUGCGCUUGGGGGAACGCUGGCGUACCCGUUCAUUUUGCAGAAUUUCCCCUUGGAGCCUGCCACUCGCACGCUGCUUGCCCGGUACGCACGCAAGACGUACUUCAUUGCCCACCACGAGCUGACGCAAAAGGUGAUUGUUCACGCCCAUACCAAUGUGUCCCGCCUGCAGCACUUUAAACGUCUUCCACGUGUCUUUGCCUUGAUGAGUGUGAACUGGGUUAAGUUCCUACUGCGUAUUAUAUUAAGGGCAUGGAGACAUUUGUGUCUCGUGCGGCGGCAGAAUGAGCAGAAGCACCGCGCCAGGUGGGCACGGCGGUUUGCAGCGGAAAGAAUACGAUUCGGUGUGCAACGGUGGCGUGUGUACGCAAAUAUCCGGCUACAAGGAGCGGAGGCGGGGGAGGUUAUGAAGGCACGCAUUGAAGCCUUGAAAAUGAGCACGCGGAGCCUCGAGAAUGAAAUCAACGCCCUCUCGGAGGAGAGCGCGCGACUGAGCGCGGAGAUCGAGUCGAAAGCGGAACUUCACGUCCUCUUCGGGAAGCGUAUUUCCGAGAUUGAGCAGGAGUACAAGAAUACUUUGGAGUGCGUGCGGGAGAUGGACCGGGUCGGUAGCCGCCUGCUGGACUCGCUGCUGCUCAAGACGCCGUUCCCCGCGGAGGCAGAGACGCUCUCCCCGCUCGAGCUGCUCGUGCUGUGGGCCAACACAACACUUUUGGAGAGUCCCCUCGGCCCGCUGUUUCUCUCCUCUACUGACGAGGACUUUGCACACGCCAUUGACAAAAUUGCGAGCAAACAAACAAACAAACAACAAAUUAACGUGAGUGAAGUCGCCGAGGAGGAUCUUCCCUUCAACCCGCUGCUGACGGAGACGCCAAUGGUGAACCUGCCGAUGCAUUGCUUCCUGGCGCUCAUUCGCGCGAUGGACUACGACGCCGGCCCAGGCAAGGAGGAUCUCAAAAUGGUUUGCACCUCCGAAAUGCGGAUUCGGUCUCUGCGGUCAAAAAUGGAGAAUAACGCCGAGGCGGUGGACCUGAAGGAUCCGGAAACGGCCGCGAUAUUAGAGUCGGAGGUAGUCGUGGGACACACCAUCGUGGAGGCCUACGAAGCGCUCACAGGCGGCACUUGCAUUGUGACAGGGGCUCAGUUGAUGACAAGGAAGCGUGGGAUUCAACUCUUAUUUCUUGCAGCUCUGAUGCGGCACUUUUCGAAUUGGAUGGAGAACCAGGUGCGGAAGCAACGCUCUGUCGAGGAUAAGCGCCCAUCACUUGCCACAGCCCCAACAUUAACCACCGUCGAAGUGGAUUUACUGGGGGCUCCGAAGAAGGAAGAGGAGGAAGAGGAGGCACCCACGGUGGACAGCCACCUCGGUGUGCGUGACCGGAAGUAUUUUGAGUGGUACCACCCCCCGCAGAAUCAUGUCGAGUGGAUUGCGAGAGUGCAGAACCAGCGGCAGUGGAUUGCCGCGUCUUUGAGUGCGUUGCACGAGGCACUGAACGUCGCUCUGGAGCCUAGUACCCUCGUCCCCAUGGAGGUGCAGGGAGACUCACCCGAGUUUUUGGAAAACGUGACCCUGAAGCGGCUUUCCGACAUUCUUCCAAAGAAGGCGAUCACAUCGGGCACCUUCUUUCUUCGUCUCGCGCGGGUUGUAGAAAAUGCUCUUCCAAAACUACGUGCGCUAUUCCUGCAAUACUCACUAGAAGACAGGACCGCUGACGGUGGUGGUGAUGUUAGUAGCGGCAGUAAUAGUAGUACUAUUGGGUCUCGUUAUAUCACGUCCAUUGGCUUUUGGAACUUGCUGCGAGACUGCCGUGUGGUUGGUGGCCCAGGGAAAAUUAACCGCGCUAUUCUACGUCAAAUUCUUGGGAAUGUCUUUGGAACCAGCGUGGCAGCUGCUGCCAAUGGGCGGGUCCGUGAGGGGAACAAUUUACCGCGGGCACGGAGGCGAAUUCUUUCAGCUCUGCUGUCCCCAGUGAGUGAUGUACGAGGAUCACAGUACAGGUUGCGCUUCAAUGCGGCGGAGUUUAUUGAGAUUCUUUUACGCUGCGCCCAAGCGUGGGAUAGCCUGCGACACCGACAGAUUGAAAAUGAAUUGAAAACGUUUUGUAAGAAGAAGAAUUCGGCAGUUGACACCAACACCGCAUCCCUAGCCUCGCUUCCGGGGCAAGGGUCCGACGUCCUCACAGACGCGGAGGCGGAUGAUACUGUGGAGGAUGCAAAGGGGGAGAAGAAGGAGAUCCGUUAUGAGGCGUGUGACAUGACAUGGGCGCUGCGACCAGCUGCAGUGCGGGAAUUUUUUCAUGAGUGGAUUGUUUCGCAUGGCUUUCGUGGUCCGACACUGGAUCCGUUUCACCGUGCCCUGCGUCACCCGGCAUUGAGGGAACACAUCAUGGCAAAUAUCGAUAUCCUUCUCAGUUUAUUCACAAUCUACACGACCCCUAAGGAGGCAUACGGAAUGCCGACAAAGAUACCAGAUAUGGAAACAAGUAUGCGGAGAUUGGUGCUCGACAAGCCAGAAAACAGUAUCCAGCAAAAAGAGAGGGAUAGUUUCUUGGCCAGUGCGACGACGACUGUGCAGAGCGGCAAUCCAGGUAUCGUACGUGUCAUGACCGUGAGGGAUGUAAAACGUAUGGCAAAGGAUUUUGACUGGCUCAGUAUUCGUCGUGUGACGAGCUCUGUGAUUGAAGACGCCUUUUUUGCGAUAUGUCCGGACACGGAGAAUGAGUUUGGUCUUAUUUUCUUUACCGAAUGGCUCGACCUGCUGUGCGUGAUCGCCCAGUACCAUAACCCUGACCCAACAGUACCCCUCCACGAGAAGGUUCCCCCUUUUUUUAAAGAGCAUGUCACUCGGUACCACAGGGGCGAUCACUGA